AUGAGGGCGCUGGUCCUGCUCUGCUGCUUUGUGGCCUGGCUGCUGCUCCCAGGACAGGCAGAACUGCGGGAAGACGGCGGCUUGUCGGAGAGGCGCCUCUCUGCGGGAGAUGCGAGUCUAGAGGAGAAGGAAAGGGGACUCUAUGCCGAGGCCUCCCCGCAAGACCAGAGUCUGCGCCUUCAGUCCCCGGAUGGCAGGGAGGCCACCGACCCUGAGCAGCCUCCCGUGGGCGCCCCCACACUCACUGAAGCAGGCCCCUCCAAUGCCUCGGCCUCAGAGUCAGCCGCCCCAGGGGACCUUCCAGGGACCCCGCUCCCAGGAGUGGUGGGAGAGCCCGGUUCCACAGAGGGCGCCUCAGAGGAGGGGGCUGGGCCGGGGCUCCCCACGGAAGAAGCCGAAGCAGCAGCUGGCAGUGACGGGGCCCUCAAGAAUGACACAGAGGGUGUCGGGGCUGAGGCGGGAGGACACCCCGACAGUCCGAGCACUGAGCAGGAGCCGGCUGGGCCAGGCCGGGUGGAGACGGACGCCCAGGAGGGCAGCGAGCCCACACAAGACAAGCCCCCCACAGGUGGCGGGGACGAGACCCCCACGGAAAGUGCCAGCCCCAGCGGGGAUGGAGGCGAGGAAGUUCUGUCCCAGGAAGACUCUGCAGAGGAUAGUGGAGACGGAGCCAGUUCAGAAGAAGCUGGGGAUGCGUCUGGGGAAGCCGCGGAAUCCUCUGAGGAAGAGGAGGAACCCCUGGAAGCCACAUCUGUGUGA